CCUCAUUUAGUUCAGUUUCCUGUGUACAUACUUCGUAAUGCCAACUGCUGUAUGAUCGAUCGUGCGCCAAAAUUUUGUUUUUUUUUGUUGUAAAUUUUUAUGAUGCGCGCGAUUGUAAUAGUGUACGCGUUCGCGGUUACAUUUGCGUGUAGUGUUUUUUGCGACGAUCACAAAGAUGCUGCUGGGCAGAGAAUAUUGCCUAAAAAAAAUAUUAAAAACGAUUUGAGCUCGGCUGCUUCCGGGUAUAUAUUCAGAAGUGAUGGAGACAGUCCUCCUAUUUUCAUUAAACUGGGAACUGGCAAUGUUGAAAGGAACGAGGGUGCGGGUGUUUUCAAAAAUCCAGAUCUGCACUCGGCGAUAGGGAAAAAACACCACUAUAAAGAAACUUUUCCAAUACUGACUAAGAAAACAAAACCGCCGUCAAAACCAAAAGACGACGACGUCGACGACGAAGACGAUAUUUUCAAAGAAGCAUUUAAAAACAUCCCACCACCUUCUUCGAAACAUUCCGAACCCGAGGAAGAUUUCCCCAUUCUCACCAACAUUCAUAAAUACAAAUCCACCGAAGAAAUAGAAAACUACGAUAUCAAAAAUGUACCAGAAAUACCUGAAAUUUCAUCCGAACACGACGUCGACGACUACAAAACACCUUCCGAUAUCGACUCCCCUAACCCCCUCGUUCACCACUUCGAGUCCGAAGAGCACGAGGAAACUCCAUCAUAUUUCGAAGACGAUAAAUACGGCGCUUACCCGAAAAAAGCGUACGUUGCCCCGGUCUACGAAUACCCACAUCCGGACGAGGUUCACUUCAAUCCGCGAAAACCUCCAGUCAAAUACGAAUUGAAACCUAAAAAACCCAAAUCCAGUUUCAAUUCGCAAUCCGAUUACAAUAACCCGAGCGACAUAAACACGUCGGUGGAAAAUUUCGAAGGUGAAGAUCUCAACGAAUACAGUGCCCGAUAUGCUUCUGGAGACUACCACCAUAAGCCUAAAAAACACGAAUUUGCCAAAGGCGGAGGCGAAUCUUAUAAAGAAGACCAUCAUUCCUCUCAUGGCGAAAAAGGCGACAAAGGGUAUAAAAAAUAUCACGAAUUUGACGAGGGUGAAAUGGGACAUCACGGUAAAGAAGGCAAAAAAGGCUACUACGACGACGAGCACGGACACAAAAAAUCCCACCAUGGCGAAGGUAACAAGUACGGAGAACAUCAUGGAGGUGGUCAUGGCGAAAAUGCUGCCAAAUACGGCGAAUCAGCUGGUCACAAGAAAGGACACAAGACCUCAGGAUAUCAUAACAUUUUCCACAAAGACGAAUACAAAAAAGAACAUAAAUUCUACGAUGACGCUCAUAAGCACGGUUAUCUCGAUAAACACGGAGCCUACGAUCAGCACCAUGGCAAGAAACAUGGUCAUAAGGCUAGUGGCGGUUUCCACGAUUCUUCUUUCGAUCACGGCCAUAAAGGAAAUUCGGGUCAUUACAAGAAGGGUAACUUUGACCAAGACCAUAAAGGACACAAAGGUAAAGCUGGUCAUGAAUCUCAUUACAGUCAUCAUGAUGAUUAUGGCAAAAAGUCAGGUCACUCGGAUUCCGAAAAACACGGAUUUCAUCACGGCCAUUAGAAAUUUUCUCAGUUAGGUACUUUUUAAAUUAUUGACUUUUUUUAUUUCCUUAAAUUAUUACUUUUUUUGUCCUUUCUUUAAGUUGUUAUUUGUACAAUUUUCGUGUUACUUGUUUGUAUCGAUUGUUUCGUAAAUAAAAUUUUGGAAAAAUUUAA